CGAGCAGAACACGAAAGAAGCAACAAACCCAUCACGACCACAACGACACACCAGUGCAAGCAAGGAACGAGCAAAAAAAAAAAAACAAUGCGCGCCCUGGGCAGGAAUCGAACCUGCGACCUUCUGAUCAUUGAAGUUUAUGCCGUGCUCAGGCAUUUAUACCCUCGCUGUAUUCACGUUUUCGUGGGGCACACUUACAUUCACCAGACGUGAUAUCACUACACCACCGAGGCUUUGCUUGAGGAGACAGCUAAAUCUAUGGAAUAUAUGCCUCAAGUCUGAGGGAAGACGGGAAGAUACGGGCAGCAGGGAGGUCAGUGGACCAGAAGAGGUGGUCACUGGAGAGAUUUUGAGCAUGUUAAGCAUCGGAACGAGGCGGGAAAGAACAUGUCGUCUAUGCUCUGAGUACACACCAAGAAGACCUCAUGAGGAGAGAGCUUCUCCUCUCAACCAUAUACUGAAAGAGUGGGAAGGUAUGGACAGUGAGAUCAGCAGGUCGGGAAGGGUCAUCCCCUCCGGACAGCAAAAUCAACUCAGGCCCAAAGGCAGACACUCUUAAAGGAUAGACGCAAACCAAGACGAUUGACAUUCUCAAGUAUGAACAAAAGCAGAUCUCGCGAUCUUAUGCAAUGACCCCAUAUGUACAGUACAGUUCGAACCAAGUACAAGACUCCAAA